AUGUUUCACGGGGAGGAGACGGAGCUACGAGUGAGCCGGGCAGAGAUGGUCGUCUUCAUGUGUAAUAUGGACCUCUUCUUCUACCCUUUCGACAUCCAGGUGUGCCGGAUACCACUGAGGUUGAGGAGUCAUCGUGUGGACGACGUGAGGUGGAAUACGAGCCGGGUGGAGGCGGCAGUCAGCAACCAUUUCCUCCUGACGCUCUUCGAUGUUGUCCACCUCUCCGUCAGCGUCCCUGAUCAGCACCACGACACCGUCAGUACCUCGCUAAUCUUCCCCACACUCACUAUGGGGUGUAGUGGUGUCAGUAUAGUGACUGGGGCGUGUGUGAUGCAGGCCGUGGUGGUGGUGAAGCUGGCCAGGAAGUAUGGGGCCUACAUCUUCAACACCAUCUUGCCCUGCAUCGUCUUGGAGAUCAUCGGGUUCCUCACCCACGCCUUCCCCACAGAUGACUUUAGCAACCGUAGCACCGCCACCCUCUCCUGCCUCAUCGUCAAGGCCGCCUUCUUCAUCCAGAUCAGCACCACCUUACCACCGUCGGCGGAGCCCAAGCUGGUCGACGUGUGGAUGUUUGGCAACGUGUCGGUGCUCACACUUAUAUUCGUGGUGCAUGUGGCGGUGCUCUGUGUUCACCAGCAGCAGCAGCAGUACAGCCUCCGCCACCAGCCUGGCGAGCACCAGUACCUCGUCGACCACCACCACCAUCCUGGCAAGCACCGCCAGGACCUGGCUCACAUGGACAAUCCCAAGGCUGUGGGCAGACUGCCGUCGAUCGCCUGGCACAAAGAGACCAGCCCCAACACCACCUUCCUGCCGCGUGUCAUCAACUUCGUCGGGUUCUUGCUGUCCUUCUUCAGCUGUGGCGUCCUCAUCUGUGCCAUGUACGUGACUGUCACUAGGGCCAGGAAUGCCGCUCUUCUCCAGUAG